CCUGCUGGGUGAUCCCAACUUCCGGUGAAAGGGGAGAAGGCAGCGUCUCACACGAUUACUCCGACCAGGCCCAUCGUUACUCACCCGUUGCUAGUUGAACGGGGAUUUCGGUAAUAGCCAUGGCCCUGUGAUAGCCAACAAGUGGCCGAAUCAACUUUUCAGGAAACUAGGAGACGUCCCCGUAGACACUGCUUUGACUCGACGCCACAUCGUCGGAGCCACAGGUUAAACGUUACCCCGCGACUGCCUGCUAGUUAGCUAGCUAAAGACGCAGCUAGCUAUUCGCCAACCAAGCACCUCUAAAUUAGAUCCUGGUGUCUAUUUCAAGAUGUCAACCGCGGGGUUCAACUCUCAGAAUGGGACUGGGACGGGGCAGACGUACGCGAACGGUCCAUCACAGAAUCCUGUUGCCCUGCAGCAGCUGCCAGGGGUCAGUUAUGGCAUGACUCACCAACCAACCUACAAUCCCAUGCAGGCCAAAGUUCCCCCACCCCCUGGUCCUGGACUCUACCCUUCUGCACCAUACCAGCCUGUUCCCCCAGUUAGCUCCUAUCAGCCAGGCCCACCACUCACUUCUUACCCACCCUCUCCAGGCCAGCCGCUGUUGCCCAGGCCUCCAAUGAGUGGUCCUCCAUCCCAUACCCCUCCUCAGUCUGCCAGCCCCAGCCCUGGUCCCAGGAUGCCCCCUGCACAGGCCACACCUCCUCCUCCUGCUGUGUCUUCAAGUAGCUACUAUCCAAACCCUCAGCAGCCCAUGGCUCCAGCAUGGCAGUACAACACAGCUCCCCCACCAAUGGGGCCUCCCACUUCCAUUAGCACGCCUCCCCGCGGCCCUGUGGCAAAUCAUGUGAAUCCAGCUGCAAGCUUAGCAGAACCGCUGCCACCUUCAUCGGCAGCUUAUAGCAGCACACCACCACCCCGCAUGUCCCAGAGUGUCACCCAACCCCCAGGCCCGGGGAUGCCCCCCACCUCUAUGCUUGGAUACACUCAACCAGGCACUGCACCUCCACCAAUGAAUCCAAUGAUUCCCAACACAUACCAAUCAGGCAGACCUGCAUACGGGCCUCCACCUACAGGCCCGCCACCUAUAGGCCCACCACCAACCAUGAGACCCACACCGCCUCCCACUGGACCCCCAGUGGCCAAUGCUACACCUCCACCACCCAAAGGAGAUGGAGCUGUGGCUGGCAAUGGGCCACAAGCAUCAAACAGCUAUAAUCAUGUUGACAACAAAAUGGCCGGCCUGACUCAGCCUGGACCGCCUGGUCGGCACUUGGGCCACUACCCUUCCCUGCCCCCCGGGUACCAGAACACCUCGGCCCCUCACGCCGCCUCCUCGAUGCACCCUGCGCUACAAGCCGCCACGCAGCCUUACACUCAAGCACCUCAGCCAUACCAGCAGCCACCUGGUGGCCCAGGCCCGGCCCAGCUGAGCCCGUCAUUGGCAGCCAUGAGCCUCCAGUCCAGCACCCCUGAGGCCCUGAGAGUGGUCAACCUGCUGCAGGAGAGGAACCUGCUGCCGCCCACCCCGAUCCCAGCCCCAACACCCUGCCUUCCCCAAGACCUGCAGAAGAUAAACUGCCACCCGGAGGUUUUCCGUUCCACACUGACCAGCAUCCCUCAGACUCAGUCUCUGCUCAACAAGGCCAAGAUGCCGCUAGGCCUGCUGCUCCACCCCUUCAAAGACCUCUCGCAACUUCCUGUGGUGACAUCCAGCACCAUUGUCAGGUGUCGGUCCUGCAGAACCUACAUCAACCCCUUUGUGUCUUUCCUGGACCAGAGAAGGUGGAAGUGCAACCUGUGCUAUCGGGUCAACGACGUUCCAGAAGAGUUUAUGUACAACCCAGUCAGCAGAUCAUACGGAGAGCCACACAAACGACCUGAGGUCCAGAACGCCACCAUUGAGUUCAUUGCACCUUCAGAAUACAUGCUGAGGCCACCACAGCCGGCCGUUUACCUCUUCGUUCUGGACGUAUCCCACAAUGCAGUGGAGACGGGCUACCUGAAUGUCUUCUGUGAAUCACUGCUGGAAAACAUCAAUGCGCUUCGUGGAGACUCAAGGACAAAGGUGGGCUUCAUCACCUUCGACAGCACCAUCCACUUCUACAACCUCCAGGAGGGACUUUCUCAGCCUCAGAUGCUCAUCGUGUCUGACAUUGAAGAUAUCUUUUUACCAACACCAGACAGCCUUCUAGUAAACCUCAAUGAAUGCAAAGAGCUAGUGCAGGAUCUGUUGAAGAGCCUGCCAAGUUUAUUUGAGAAGACGAUGGAGACCCAGUCUGCCCUGGGUUCAGCUCUGCAGGCAGCCUUCAAGCUGUUGUCGCCCACUGGAGGACGCAUGUCUGUCUUUCAGACCCAGCUGCCCAACCUCGGUGUGGGGGCGCUGCAGUCCAGAGAGGACCCCAACCAGCGGGCAUCUGCCAAGGACAUCCAGCACUUAUCUCCAGCAACAGACUUCUACAAGAAGCUGGCUCUGGACUGCUCAGGCCAGCAGGUGGCCGUUGACCUGUUCCUGCUCAGCGCUCAAUACUGUGACUUGGCAUCGCUCGGUUGCAUAUCCAGAUACUCGGCAGGGAGCGUUUACUACUACCCCUCCUACCACCACCAGCACAACCCAGCUCAGGUGGAGCGCUUCCAGAAGGAUCUGAAGAGAUAUUUAACCAGGAAGAUUGGCUUUGAGGCUGUCAUGAGGAUACGCUGCACCAAAGGUCUGUCCAUCCACACGUUCCACGGAAACUUCUUUGUCCGCUCCACAGAUCUGUUGUCCCUCCCCAAUGUCAACCCAGACGCUGGCUUUGCAGUUCAAAUGUCCAUCGAGGAAAACCUGGACGACAUGCAGGUCGUCUCUUUCCAGGCUGCUCUUCUCUACACCUCCAGCAAAGGAGAGAGGAGGAUUCGUGUGCACACUUUGUGUCUCCCUGUGGUCAAUUCUCUGUCAGAUGUCUUUUCUGGGGCUGAUGUUCAAGCCAUCACUGGACUGUUGGCUUGUAUGGCUGUGGACCGUUCAGUGACGGCCAGUUUGAGUGAUGCCAGAGAUGCGAUGACCAAUGCUGCCAUCGACUCGCUGACAUCUUACCGGCAGUCUGUGCUUACCAUCCAGCAGCCCGGCCUGCUGGCUCCAGCCUGCCUCAGACUCUUCCCACUCUUCAUCCUCGCCCUGCUCAAACAGGUCGUCUAUUUUAACAAUAUACAGUCAUCGCACCUGAACUACACUGUCAGCCAGUUGUUUGUUCUACUAUAG